UGGAAGUUCUCUGUUUGUGUUAUAGAUGAACACUUGAGUUAUGUUGCGGUGACCGAGGGCAGCGGAGAUUAUCUGGAGGCUGAGGUUGCAAAAGGAGCACCCACAGAUGAGGGUCAUUUAAGAGACAUGUAACAGACAGGUUUGCUGACAUCAGCUGGUUGUGUGAAUGGCUGCAGGGAUGGCAGUUACCAAGCAGGAGAGACUUGACAGAGGCAAAACUGCAUCUGGAGUCUUAACUCCGCCUGAAGGUGGCUGGGGUUGGAUGAUUGUCAUUGGUUGUUUUCUUGCCACCAUCUGCACCCGGGCAGUGACCAGAUGUGUCUCCAUGUUCUUUGUGGAGUUCCAAAUGCACUUUGAGAAGGAUUACUCCAACACUGCCUGGAUCCACAGCCUGAUAGACUCCACCACAAUGCUUUGUGCUCCUCUGGGCAGUUUUCUCGGGAACCGUCUGUCCUGCAGAGCUACGGUGAUUCUGGGAGGUGUGCUGUCUUCUGCUGGUCUGAUUCUCAGCUCUUUUGCUAACAGUCUGGAGUAUCUCUAUAUGUCUCUGGGUGUCCUCACAGGUCUCGGCUUUGCUCUCAGCUACACACCAGCCAUAGCGAUGGUUGGAAAGUACUUCAAUGAGAGGAAAGCUCUGGCCUAUGGCAUCGCUCUGUCUGGCAGUGGCAUUGGGACCUUCCUCUUGGCUCCUGCAGUUCAGCUCCUCAUAGAGUAUUACUCCUGGAGAGGAGCUCUGCUCAUUCUUGGAGCAUUUGUUUCCAACUUGUGUGUUUGUGGUGCUCUGAUGAGACCACUGGAACCAAGAGGAGGUCAAAAGACAUGGGAGAGCAAACUGGCAAACCUGGGGAAAAACUGCAUGAAGACAGUGCUGGAUUUUAAAGUCCCUGAACAAGUAUCUGUAGACUGUAGCGAAGUGGACCACAAGCAGCUGGAAGUAAAGAACUUAAAGGAUCCUCAGGGGCUCCUCAUACCCAAUGGAACACUGAAAAACUUUGGACUUGAAAAGGACAAACUAGGUCAGAGGAACAUAGCAUUUUUACCAACCCUGGAGCUAUCUAAUCAGACGGUAAUAGAUCUGAAGAUAGGGAAAUGCUUUUUAUUUAGCAACACACUAACAGACACAAUGCUAGGGAACACUGAAUUCUCAGAUCUUAAGCUAUCCAACAUGACUGAAGACUUGAAAUUGGUGGAAAGCAUUAGCUUGAACAAAAACUUGGUAGACAUGGAUGUAAAGAUAGAAGACUCAGAACUUAAUGAAGCCAGACAAAGCGACAAUAAGCCUUUAGUAAAUGCUUCAGCCAGAGGUCAGUGCUCCUGUUUCAAGUCCAGGGAGGAGUUUGGCUUCCUUUUCAUACCCAGCUUCCUAAUUUUGUCCAUAUCAUUCCUGUUUAUGGCAUAUGGUUGCAGUCCUCCAGUGGUGUACUUGGUACCUUAUGCCCUCAGUUUGGGGGUGCAGCCUCAGCAUGCUGCUUUCCUCGUGUCUGUAUUUGGAGUCUGUGGAAUUGUGGGCAAUAUCACCUUUGGAUGGGUCACAGACAGGGGGUGUGUUAGGAGGUUCCGUGUGCUGAGCUACACGGUGGCGAUGGCCAUGGAAGGCCUCUGCUGUAUGUUCAUGCCCUUUCUACACUCCUUCACCCUCCUCGUUCCUUUUUCGGUACUCUACGGUUACUUUGAUGGCGCAUAUGUAGCACUAAUACCAGUGGUUACCUCUGACAUUGUGGGCUCCACCUAUCUCACCUCAGCUCUGGGUGUGGUUUACUUCCUUCAUGCCAUCCCCUACCUGCUCAGCCCUCCAAUUGGAGGUUGGUUAGUUGAUCAGACAGGAAACUAUGCAGCAACCUUCUUCCUCAGUGGGGCAUCUUUCAUCUUCAGCUCUGCAAUCCUAAUGGCUGCCAUGUUAAUCAGACACUGCCAGAGGUCCAAGCUGAACUCAGCUGCACAUUUAAAUCCCAGUCACAAGGCCGCUGCAGUUCUGCAGGGUAUCCUGUGACAUCAACCAAGAUUUUUAUCCAGUAUGUGCACAGAUGAUGCUGGUGGUCUGUGGCUGUAUUAAGAUUAUAAUAAUGUGUGAGUGGGCUUAGGAUGAAGAAGCAAGUGGCCAGGAAGUAAAAAAUAAUAAUCAUUUUAGUUAUUUUACAGUGAUGUUUGCUGUAUUUUGUUUAAUGGUUGGAUAAUUAUUUCAUGCAGUGAUUAGCAAUAUUGGCUACUUUUUGUCAGACAUGAUAAGUGGUUUUGUUUUUAAAAAAAAUAAUAUUCUUGUGAAGUGCCUUGCAACAUAAUUUAAAACUGAAAAUUCCUCAUGUC